AUGUCCUCUGGAGGAGUAUUCAAAUCACCUCUCACGAGCGGCGAGAUCGCCGUCAACACACCACUCAUGGCUUCCAAAGAACAGAAACCUGUUAAUCCACAUAAGAUUUUCACCAGGAAAUGCAACAUUAUUCUUGGUUUAAUAUUCCUCUUUCUCCUGGCAAUAGGCUUGGCUCUGGGCCUGACAUUCGGUUUACGACAUCACGAUUCCUCGCCCUCAGAACCCACUCCUACUUCACCAUCAAACCCGCUCCCUCCUACCAACGGCUCAUUUUGGACCCCAAAUCUCAACGCUUCCAAUACGUGGAACAUCGAGUUACUAGCGGCGCUCGAUCCCGCCAACAUCUAUCCGAACACAACAAUCUAUGACAUCGAUCUCUUCCUUUCGGCCAAUACCACCCCCUCGAUAAUCAGUACCUUACAUUCGCGAUCCCACAAAGUAAUCUGUUAUUUCUCGGCCGGCACCAUCGAGAACUUCCGUCCCGACACGAGUCGCUUCCUUCCUUCCGACUAUGGCAAAGUCCUUCCUGACUGGCCAAACGAGUAUUGGGCUAACACUUCCUCACCAAAUGUGCGCGCCAUCAUGCAAUCACGCCUGGACAUGGCGGUCAAUCAAUCAUGCGAUGCGGUUGAUCCCGACAACGUCGAUGGGUAUUCCAAUGACAACGGGCUCAAGCUAACAGAACAAGACUCUAUUGAUUACAUGCAGUGGUUGUCGGCUGAGGCCCACACCCGGGGUUUGGGGAUUGGUCUGAAGAAUGCUGGCGAGAUCAUCGAUCGUGUGGUGGACUAUGUGCAGUUUGCUGUCAACGAGCAGUGCGUGCAGUACGAAGAAUGUGACACAUGGCAGACAUUCAUUGACAAUGGUAAGCCCGUAUUCAACAUCGAAUACCCCAAAGAUGCACCCAAGGUUAGUUCAGCGGAAAAAACAAAAGUUUGUGAUGGUUCUGGCAUACAGGCAGAUGGAUUUUUCACCAUCAUCAAAAAGAUGGAGCUGGAUGAUUGGGUAGAGGCCUGCUGA